AAAAAAUCAUUGCCAAGACCUAUGUCAAGGAGCUUACUGCCUGUGUUCCCCACUCCCCAGGAGUUUCAGGGUAUGUAUGUAUAGCAGGUGACAGAACCAUGUUCAUUGUAUUAGAUCAGAAACCAGAUGGGCUGCUCCAACCUGUGGGAAAAGGCUAAAACGCUUGAAAUAGAAAGCAAUUUCAUCAGCUGAAAGUAUGGCUGGAAAGGAGGUGGAUAUAGAGGUUAAAGGAGAGAGAAGAUUUGAAAGAAUCCUCUAAAGGAGUAGGAGAAAAGAAAAUUUCCUAAAUGAAUUGUGGGUCAGGAGAAAAUGUCUAUUUGAGAUUAGCAGGCUCCUUGAGAACAGGGUCAAGAGUUCCACAGACCCAGCAAAAUUCUUUGCAUAUUAAAGGAACAGUCAGAAUCCCGACAGAGCAAGUCUCAACUCCUGAUUCUAUCACUUUUAAGCUAGAAAGACAACUCAAGAUAAUGAUUUUCUAUGCUGGACGGGAGACUGGCAAAUGCACAUUUUAUUCUGGCUGUGACGUUGAUGCUAUGGAGUUCAGGAAAAGUACACUCAGUGGAUGCAGCAAUAGAGGCUUUUGAUUCUGGAGUCAUAGAUGUGCAGUCACCGCCCACAGUCAGGGAAGAGAAAUCAGCCACUAACCUGGCAGCAAAACUCUUGCUUCUUGAUGAACUUGUGUCUCUGGAGAAUGAUGUAAUUGAAACAAAGAAGAAAAGGAGCUUCUCUGGUUUUGGGUCUCCCCUGGACAGACUCUCAGCUGGCUCUGUCGAUCAUAAAGGUAAACAGAGGAAAGUAGUAGAUCAUCCAAAAAGGCGAUUUGGUAUCCCUGUGGAUCGGAUUGGUGGAAACCGUCUCUCAAAUUCCAGAGGCUAAUUGAUUCUAACUACACAACUUCCCUGGGUGAAAUCACAGAAAUAUGGAAGAUGCUUCAGUGAAGUUCUUUACACUCCUUAAUGAUUAAACUUUUAAGGAACGGAUCUUCUGCAAAUCCUUUCCACAGUUUGAACUUCAGUCCAUCACAUCACAGUAUUGUUACAGCUUUAAUUAAAUUACGCAGACCACUUCAA